AUGCCACGAAAGCUCAGCACGGAUUCAUCGGGCCCGCAAGAAGAAAUGCAAGAGGCACUUUCAAAAGCAAGUAGACGGGAAAAAGACCAAACGCCAAAGACCGCACGUGAUGGGAUCAUCGAUUUAAAACGCCCAGUGCCCGUUAAACUCGACGCACAGGCUUGCGAAAUCGCGACGGCUCAGUCUCGAAUACUGCACUUGGCCGGACGAACGUCGGUCGAUGCUGAGAUGAGGCAGUGGAAAGUACACAUCACGACAGUGGAGACGAAAAAGCCUGAAGCCAGCGAGGCCGCAAUAAUACGCUUCAAUUAG